AUGAAAAGGGUGAAAAUCAACUCUAGUAUUUUCAAUAUUAUAGCUCUCAAAGACAACCCCAAAAUAGGAUUCUGCUGUCUUCUAGAUAUUUCUUCACCUUCAUUUUUAUAUGGAAUUUCCCAAGAAAUCAACCUUUCAUGCCACUUCGAAGAGCAAAAAAUUGCACAAGCAAAAGAUCUUUCGGCUAGGAUCAUACAAAGGCACAUAAAAUCCUAUCUCUUACGCAAGGGAAUCCAGAACCGAAUAAUCCACAAAAACAACCUAAUUAAACAUACUGCAGCGACCAAAAUUCAAUGCUUAUUCCGUUCAUGGAUUUCCAGGAAAAAAUUUUACUUUUUAUUGAUAGUCAGAAAAAUCCAAAAAAUCCGAAAUAAAGCAGCGAGCAUAAUUCAGAAAAAUUUCCGAUUAAAAAUCCUACCAUCUCGGCUUCAUUUCACAGCAAAAGUAGCAAUACUUGUCAAGGUAAGAAAAAGUGCUGCAAUUUUGAUACAAAAACACGUGAAAGGGUUUUUGAUAAGAAAAGAUCUGCCGUUCAUGAGGAUACAAGGAAAAGAAAGGCUGAUUAGGUGGAGGAGCCCAGCUAAUUCAGUCACAAUGACAGGCGAUUUUAUGCUUCCGCCAUGGGAGCAUGAAAUUCCGAUGUUUUAUUCAAAAAUUCUGCAUGAGUUUUAUACGAUGUUUUUUAUGGAAAAUAAUUUGAAAACUGGGGAUUAUAGAAUAAAAUUCAAUGUGGACGGGAAUUUUGUUUGUGAUUGGAGAUUUCCGGUUAUAAAUGACGAGUUUGGAAAUUAUAACAACAAGAUAUACCUAAACUAUGGCAAUAAAGGCUGCAAUGCUGAAUCUUCAAUGGAAAGCAGUGAAAAUGUUUUUUGUAUUGAUUUAGCAAGCUUUAAAGACACGCAAAAAAAUUCUGCACGUCCAAGCACACCUGGGAGCGAAAGCACAACAUGUGGAGAUAACUGGGACUAG